AGAAGACCAAGCGACUAGCAAUCAAUGGUUAAAGCCGCGUUCUUUGCUGUUCUCCUUCUGAUCGCCGGCGUUGGUUCCCCUACCGAUGCCAAAGCUACCUCGGAGGAACUGAGUAUCCAGCCAGCAGACCGCAGUGGAUUGACCAACACUACGCUGAAGGAGAGUGUCCCUUGGCCGUCAUGGAUGCGAACGUACGUUUAGGUUUACGUGCUCGAUCUUCGAGUGAAACCAGUACUCAGCAACUUCUACU